CUGAGCUAGAUUUGGGUGAGAACUUCUUCUAUUUAUACCAUUUCUUGCUUGCCAUCUUUCUCCCCAGCGCUCUCUCUAGUUUUCUCAAAAGUCGCGAAGAAAAAUAGAGGUGCAUUUUUUCUUUAAUGGGCACAAUCAACAGAAAUGGUGAUGAUCUCCAUGAUACCUUGUUACCAGAUGAUCCAGUCAACUACGAUGUCGGUCAAGAAAAUCAAGACCCGCUUGCAUCUAGAGUCUGGACUGAGACAAAGAAGCUAUGGGUAAUCGUUGGGCCUGCUAUCUUCAGCAGGGUGGCCACUUUCUCCAUGAACAUCAUCACCCAAGCUUUCGCUGGCCAUCUUGGUGAUGUUGAACUUGCUGCAAUCUCCAUAGCCAAUACUGUUAUUGUUGGCUUCAAUUUUGGACUGCUGCUAGGAAUGGCAAGCGCUUUAGAGACUUUAUGUGGGCAAGCUUUUGGUGCAAAAAGAUACCAUAUGUUGGGAAUUUACAUGCAAAGAUCAUGGAUUGUUCUAUUCUUCUGUUGUUUCUUGCUCUUGCCAUUUUACGUUUUUGCCGCUCCACUUCUUAAAUUCUUAGGCCAGCCCGAUGACGUCGCAGAGCAGUCAGGAUUGGUGGCUUUAUGGUUGAUACCGCUACACUUUAGCUUUGCAUUUCAGUUCCCGUUGCAGAGGUUCUUACAGAGCCAGCUAAAGAAUCAAGUGAUAGCCUGGAUUUCUUUGGCGAGUCUAGGGGUCAAUGUGUUGACGAGUUGGCUCCUUGUUUAUGUGCUUGAUUUUGGAGUUAUUGGUGCUGCAAUUGCUUUGGAUAUAUCUUGGUGGGUUAUAGUUAUUGGAUUGUUCGUAUAUACUUCUUGUGGUUGGUGUCCUUCUACUUGGACUGGGUUUUCGGCACAAGCCUUUUCUGGCCUCUGGGAAUUUGUCAAGCUAUCUGCUGCUUCUGGAGUCAUGCUUUGCCUGGAGAAUUGGUACUACAGAAUACUAAUAUUAAUGACAGGGUACUUGGAGAACGCAACGCUUGCUGUGGAUGCCUUGUCAGUCUGCAUGAGUAUUAAUGGGUGGGAGAUCAUGAUUCCUUUGGCCUUCUUCGCAGCUACAGGAGUACGGGUGUCUAAUGAGUUAGGAGCUGGAAAUGGCAAGGGAGCAAAAUUUGCAACUAUAGUAUCCGUGGUGCAAUCAUCUAUAGUUGGACUUAUAUUUUGCGUAAUUAUCGUGUUACUACACGACAAGAUUGCAUUAAUAUUCACCUCUAGCUCCAGCGUUAUCCAGGAGGUUGAUAACCUCGCCUUUCUUCUGGCCAUUACUAUUCUUCUUAACAGCGUUCAACCAGUUUUAUCAGGAGUUGCGGUAGGAGCAGGAUGGCAAGCAUUGGUUGCGUAUGUAAACCUUGGCUGCUACUACAUUAUUGGGCUCCCACUUGGAUUUCUAAUGGGAUGGGUCUUCAAGUUGGGUGUUAAGGGCAUCUGGAGUGGGAUGAUUUUUGGUGGAACAGCCGUUCAAACGGUGAUAUUGGUCAUCAUAACCAUGAGAUCUGACUGGGAUAACGAGGCGGAAAAGGCACGCAUUAAUGUAAACAAGUGGUCGCAAUCGAAGCCAGAUGUUCAAUGAUAAAGAGACUCAAUUUGAUAACAGUCCUCGAGGGGUUUAUUACGAAGAAGAGGUUUACACAGAAAAUUCUUGGAGUAGAAAACUUUUAUUAUUUAAGCUACAUUUCAUUGUCUUUAGAGCGGUAAGGUGUUACCCUAAUGGUAGCAACCGAGUUUCUUUGUAAGCACAUGAUUUUGUUUUUUCAUUUUUGCAUUUCUUACACGCUAAGCAAAUUAAUAUUAAUUUUACCAAAAAUACAAAUAAAUUCAUUCUUCCAUGUU